AUGUUGCGAGACCAAUUGAUCAACUGCCGCCGCGACGUGCCAGAGUGCACAUGGCAAACCACAACCAUAAGCCGCAAGAAGUAUACUAGCAAAGAGAUGGAUGAUGGCGACAAAAUGGACAACGACGGUUACAUCACUGAUAGGAUGUACCGUGGGAACGGUCGGAACAAUCGAUACAGACGACAAGAUUCACGGCAACGCGGAAGAUCGUCAAAUGGGAGACAAUUCGGCCAGAAACAGCAUCCACACCAACGUGUCAAGAAGUGUUAUGUCUGCGGCAAGACUGGCAGCUGGCCGAUUAAACACUCCUAUGGCGAACAGAAAGCCGCGUACCGUCGUUACAAAGCUUCGUCCUAUUUUCCCGACCACUCGCCUGACGAAUACCGUCAGUUCCUUGUCUGGCACGAGGGUGAUCCUUACGAAGACGAAGAGGAGGUGGAUGCAUUCCUUCAAUACCAACAAUCAUUCGACAAACCGAAGGCAGACAACAGCACAGUCAAUGCAGAGAACAGUGCGACCAACACGAAGCUCGGUUCGACCAAUGCGAGGAUUGGUAUAACUGGUAUAUUUCUGAUGGACCAUGGACCGAAUAUCGCAUCUGUCCUGGCGGAACGGUCUGUCCGUCACGGCCUGACGAGGGAAGACCCUUACAACCCCUACAACCAACCGAAAUCCGAUGUAAUCGACGAAUCAUUCAGCAUGAAUCGGUACAACGAGGUAUCGUUCCAAGGCACCUUGCCGGAUACCGGUGCGGCAAACUCUUCGACUGGCGGCCACAAACAAUCCAAGGCACUCCAGCGAUUACAACCAUCCGUUUGCAUGACAUCGCCGUCGGAUUCAAUUGUCCGCUUUGGGUCGAGUGAGGCUGUGAAGGCAUUAGGUUCAACUAAAAUCAAGACACCGCUUGGCGAUAUGACGAUUCAUGUCGUCCCAACCGAUGCACCGUUUUUACUGUGCCUUUAA